CAGGCUCCUGUAGCAGUGCAGCGUCCCAGGCCCAGCAGGCCCCUGCCGUGCACAGUGCAGGCCAGCAGCUUCCCCAGCACCUCCGGGAGGCCCUUUUGCAGCGGGGCGCCUCUGGUGAGACAGCUUCUGUAGCAGUUUGUGUGGCAGGCUUCUGGUGGCCCUGGUCUGCCAAGCACCCUAGGGACGCGCAUCUAGAAGACCUUGCCCACCUCGGCCAUGGCCACGAGGACCAUCAUCAUUGACCACGGCUCUGGCUUUCUGAAGGCCGGCCUGUCCGGCUGGAAUGAGCCCCAGAUGGUCUUCCCCAGCAUCGUGAACUACCUGCCCUGCAGGGAGAACCCCGGCCCCAGCUAUGCCCGGCGUCGCGUGAGCCUGGGCAUCGACUUCUGCCGCCCCGACACCUUCAGCUACCCCAUCGAGCGUGGCCGCAUCCUCAACUGGGAGGGCGUGGAGCACAUCUGGUCCUUCGUGGUGGAGAAGCACAGGCAGGAGCACGAGGACUCCCCGGUGGUGAUCACAGAGUCGCCCGUGAGGGAACCUAUGGACCGACGGAAGACGCUGGAGAUUAUGUUCGAGCUGCUGGAUGUCCCGUCCAUACUCCUGGCUGACCAGAUGGAGAUGUCCCUGUAUGCCUCUGGCCUCCUGACCGGCGUGGUGGUCGAUUCCGGCUACGGCCUGAGCCGCGUGCAGCCCUUCCACCUUGGCCGCGCCCUGCCCUCCGGGGCCAAGACGCUGGAGUUCGCUGGCCAGGAUCUCUCUGCCUACCUCUUCAAGAGCCUCUUCAAGGACGACUGCGACCGCCACAACCUGUUUCAGAUAGAGACGGUGACCAGCACGCAGGUGAAUAGGUGCUACGUGCCGCAGAACCUGGCCGAGGCCCUCGACUUCUGCCAGAGCCUGCCGAGCGGCUCAGACGAGAACAACACCUACCAGCUCCCGGACGGCAGCACCGUGGAGCUGACGCCCGUGCAGCGGCUGGCCCCCGAGAUGUUCUUCAGCCCGCAGGUGUUCGAUCUGCCGGGGCCCAGCAUCUCCCAGGCCCUGGUGGAGUCUGUCAAGACCUGCGAGGCCUCCAUGCACCCGCUGCUAGUGUCCCACGUGGUGGCUUGUGGCGGGAACACCCUCUACCCCGGCUUCACCAAGCGCCUGUACAAGGAGCUCACCUCGGAUCACUUCUCCAAGGCCAUGAUAUGGGUGGGCUCCAACAGGAGCUUCAGUGUCUGGCUAGGAGCGUCCGUCGUGGCUCAUCUUUCUACUUACAAGUCCGAGUGGAUGACCAAAGGGGAGUAUGACGAGAGUCUCAGGCUGUGACUGGCGGCUCAGUCCGGGACUGCUGCUGUUGGAUAGGCGU